CUGACUGCGCAUGUCCGGCAGGGAAUCUCGCCGAUGAGCCGCGGCGCCUGACAGGUUCUCCGCCGCCUUCCUUCGUGUAUUUGCUGCGCCGCUCGACUCGACAUGGCCGCGUCGGAGGAGGAGCCCGUCGUGAGACAGCGGGUGGCCGAGGGAGACAAGUCCGAGCAGGUUUCACCAGGCUCCGAAGUAGAGUCAGAUGAUGAUCGGUUACCAGAGCAACAUUUAGAAGAUCGGACAAAGGCAAUCCCUCAAGGGACAGACCAAGAACCGAACUUCCUGCACACUGUGCUCGCUCCAUUGCCACCAAGAUGGCGAAAUUGGGUGAUUCGUGGCAUCUUCACAUGGCUUAUGAUUGGCCUGUUUUGCGUGAUCAUCUAUGUUGGACCAUUGGCACUGAUGUUCACAACAUUGCUGGUGCAAGUGUGGUGCUUCAAAGAGAUCAUCAACAUCGGCUACUCUGUUUACCGCAUGCAUGGCCUUCCUUGGUUUAGAUCUCUCUCAUGGUGGUUCCUUAUAACCAGCAACUAUUUCUUCUACGGAGAAUCACUAGUGGCUGAUUACUUCAGUGUUAUCUUUUCCAAAAGUGAUUUCAUGCGCUGGCUGAUUGUCUACCAUCGUUUUACGUCAUUCACCAUGUACAUCAUUGGCUUUGUUUGGUUUGUUUUAUCCCUCAAGAAGAGGUACUACAUGCGCCAGUUCUCCUUGUUUGCUUGGACACACGUGGCCCUGCUGAUAGUUGUGACUCAGAGCUAUCUCAUCAUCAUCAACAUCUUCCACGGCAUGAUCUGGUUCAUUGUCCCCGUUUCCAUGAUUGUCAUUAACGACGUCAUGGCCUACAUGUUUGGGUUCUUCUUCGGCAAGACGCCACUGAUUCAACUGAGCCCAAAGAAGACCUGGGAAGGUUUCAUUGGCGGCGGCUUUUCAACGAUUAUCAUGGGCAUGCUGCUGUCAUACUUGCUCUGUCAGUACCCCUUCUUUGUCUGCCCCGUGGAAUACAGUGAGGCCGAAGAUAGUUUCAAGUAUGAUUGUGACCCAUCGCCAAUCUUCCGACCUCAGGAGUACAGCUUGCCAGAAACAAUGGCCAAUUUUUCAGCACUGCUUGGAUGGAAGAAAACAGUCACAAUGUAUCCAUUUGUGCUUCAUUCGGUUGCACUGUCGUUGUUCAGCAGCGUCAUAGGUCCAUUUGGUGGAUUCUUUGCCAGCGGAUUCAAGCGAGCCUUCAAGAUUAAGGACUUCGGUGAUGUGAUCCCAGGACAUGGCGGGAUGAUGGAUCGGUUUGAUUGCCAGUACUUGAUGGCCAGUUUCGUCAAUGUGUACAUCAUGACAUUUAUUUCUGAGACAUCUCCUCAGAAGCUAUUACAAAAGGUGUAUUUCCUGAAGCCUGAACAACAGCUACAAUUAUACAAGCUCCUUCAAGACUCCCUAAUUGCGCGAGGAAUUCUGCAACCUUGAGCCUCGUCUUUGUGCAAGUAUUGUACUAUCAUCUGUGUGAUGACUACGAUGUAAGGGAUCUUAUGGACAAGGGAGAAAAAAGAAAUGACAAAAAAAAAAAAAACCCUGAUGCAGCAUGUGAUUCAGAAUGCAGACUUGGGAGAUUUUUUGAGAGGGGAAAGUAAACUGGCUUGUAGAUGCAAACUGAACAGGAAAACAACAUUGAAUUUUCAUAUAUGAUGAACCACUCAGACACGCAAAAA